AUGAACAGCUCAGAAGCAAGAACUGUCCUCAAACACCUAACGGUCCCGGGGGAUUUCUCAGGUCAUGUCCUUGCUGGAACAUUUUUCCUUAUCGUGGCUCUUUGGUGGAGUAUAGAGAGUAUUCUGAAGCAUGUUUGUAAACAGCAAAAGAGGUCUUCCUCCCUUAUUACCAAAGAAUUCUUCUCUCGAGCAGAACUUUUGGAGGGAAUUAUGAUUAUUGGCAUGGCAUCAUUAGGAAUAAUUGGUCUAUAUACUAUGCUUGUGAAGAAAUAUCAGUUCUCAGAUAAAGAAUACAAGUUGGCCCUAAUCCUGCACUGGCAUCAUCUUGCCAUGUAUGUCUUCUUUGCAAUACUAGGUGGGACCAAGAUCUUAUGUUUCAUCAUUAGUUCACUUCCAGUCUCUUUGGUCAAGUUAACGUUAUCAAGUGCCUUCUUUGUGGAAGCUUUCAUUUUCCACAAUCACACACAUGGCCGGUUAUUGGUGGACAUCUUUGGGCACCAACUGUUGAGCUUUGCAGUAUUUUUGGCAGGUCUGGUUGCCUUCAUAGAAUUCCUCACAAAGAACAAUGUAGUUCUGGAGCUCCUGAGGUCAAGCCUCACCAUGCUACAGGGGAUGUGGUUCUGUCAGAUUGCUUUCGUCCUGUAUCCUAAAAAUAGAGACCAUGCAUGGGACCUGUCUGAUCAUAGCAAUGCUAUGUUUCUCACCGUAUGCUUUUGCUUGUACUAUGCAUUGACCUAUGCCAUCAUUGGAAUUAAUUAUGCUCUUGUUACCUGGUUGGUUAAGUGGAGACUUAGUAAGCUAUGCACCUCAGAAACUCAACUUCUGAAAAAUCAUGAACAGCAAGAAGAAUCAGAAGAUGAAAUGUGA